AUGUCGCUCGCGAGUAAUUGCGGCGGGCAAAUCAUCGAUCACGUUCCCGAGGUAGACUUCAACCUGUUUCAUUGGCACGCCGUGCAAGGGCGCAAGAGUACAGGCGCCUGCCUCUCCGACGUGUCGAACAGGGUUGUUUUGCAGGGGUGCGCCCGCGCGCUGGCCAUCCUCGCUCGUUUCAAAGAGGCCGGCCUCAAGGUGCAGGGAGUGGAUACGCUGCUCACCUACCAGUCCUCGGAGGCCUUCCAGGAUUCCCCAUUCGUCCACAUUUACCUCGCGGCCCAGGGCACCCAGUGCAUACAAAGCGCGGCGGCCGCAGAGCAGGGGCGCCGCUCGAUGGCGGCCUCCGCGGCGCCGCCCGAGGAGGAGGCGCCGCUCGCACCCGGGCGCGGCCCGCAGCUGCAGAGCCCUCGUGGCCGCGGCCGCACGCGCAGAGCUCUCGCCGCCGCGGGCCUCGCCGCCGCGGCCGGCGCCUUCGUCGCCGCCUCCAGCCACACAUCCAAGCCCAUCGCAUGUCGCCACAGAUAG